AUGGCGGAUGUCAACAUGCCACAAAUGGACUGCUUUGAGUUCAUUAAGUCCACUCGACUCAUCAAAGACAUACCUAUUGUUUGUAAGACCAUAAUUUCUCAAAUUCUCAAUUAUGAGACUCUUGAAUAGUGCCAAUUUUUUGUUUUUGUUUUUGGAUACCUCAUUUGAAAUUUGUUUCUCAUAUUUCAUUUGUAUUUAGUAAUGUCAUCAACUGUGAAGAGGAAAAUGGUGGAAGAAGCAAAGGACCGAGGGGUACAUUUCAUUCUGACGAAGCCAAUUUCAACAAAGAAACUCAAGAAUGUUUGGCAACAUGUAUAUAUAAACCAAAUAGAAUCAAGUCAAAAAUCAGAACACAAGGCUCAUAAUCCAAUUGAAGUAAUGGACAGUACACCUUCUGCUAAUAAGAAAAUCCAAGACAGAAAAGGCAAAAACGUAGUGAAUCCUUCAGAGACUUUUCAAGAUCGAAAAGUUGGUUCAUCACUAGAAAAAGAUGAGGCAGAAGGGUCUAGGAGAAUGAGAAGUACUGAUGAGGAGAAAAAACGUAAAAGUUCUGAUCCAGAAGAAGAAAAGGAUCAUCCUUUGGUUUCACAAAUUGCUACGGAAGGACAAAAGAAGAAAAGGCACCGCAUGGAAUGGACACCAGAUCUUGAAAAUAAAUUCGAGAAGGCCCUUCGCAACUUAGGAGAAAAAGCCCGUCCCAAACUCAUUCUGCAGCUGAUGAAUGUGCCAAAUUUGACUUGGAGACAGGUCGCAAACCAUCUGCAGAAAUACAGACUCCAAAGACGACAAGCUCAACAUAUUCAGCCAGCCACUUCCUCUAUCGCUAACCAAUGUCAAAUCAUAUCGCAAACUCCAUCUCCUCUAGUUCCAAUAAGUCAUGGAGAAAAACAACAUUUAAAUAUUGAAAGUACAAUUGGGAACUUCAGUUCUGUGUCCCAAAUGUUGGAUUUUCCGGACAAUGGACAUCAUUUCAAUAUGCGUAAUCACUUUGCGGACAAUGGACAUCAUUUCAAUGUUGGGAAUUCAAACGACUUCCCUAUGAGCUUCAAUGAACCACUUCAAGAAGCAUACUUACCUCAACCACCUGCGGUUCCUUCUUUAGUUCCAUCGAAUGAUCUCUUCACAGGGUUGAAUGGUUGGAACCAAGAGCCAAAACUCAACAACUUCACUGACGAAAUAAUGACAGAAAAUCAGACCAGCACUCAUGUGAAUUCAAACGAGUUCUCUAUGGACUUCAAUGAACAACUUCAAGAAGCCUACUUACCUCAACCCCCUGCAGUUCCUUCUUUAGCUCCACCGAAUGAUCUCUUCACAGGGUUGAAUGGUUGUAACCAUGACCAAGAAUUCGACAAUUUCAUUGCCGAAAUGAUGACAGAAAAUCAGAUCGACACUUAUUACCGUUGGCCUUCAAUUAAUCCACAAGAUCAGUUUCAAUGUAACAAAAAACAAUGAAUCCUUAGCUUAUGGUUUGUUCCUGUCAUUUUAUAUAAUACUUCAGAUUGUUGCCAGCAGGUCGGAAUUCUUGAUAUGGACAAAUUACAUUUUUGAAACACUUCAAGGCCAUUCUAUAUGUGUUUACAGAAAUGUAAUUGAGAAAAUGUUUGAUAGUUUUUCAUUGAUCUGUUCUGAUAAGCCUCAGU